AUGGCUUCCUGCGCAGCCCACCUUCUCAAGACCUCCACCGUCUCCCUCCGUCUCUGCCGCCGCUCCCCCACCAUCACCACCGGAAGGACAACUCAUGUGAAACAGCAUCACUCUCGAGCCGCCGCGCCACUCCUCUUCUCCUUUGCACCAAAAUGCGCAGGCAUUCCGCCGGAGGUCCCUCGGCCUCCGCCGCAGGAGCUGCCUCCGUACCCGCCCGACGACCUGCCGGGGAUUGACAUUCCCCCAGAGAUCAUCCCACCACCUCCGGCUCAGCCUCCGCUACCUAGAACUCCUCAGCCGGGACCGGAUUUACCGCGGCCGCCCAUGCCUUCCCCGCCUGAUCGUCCCGAGGUGCCGAUCCCCAAUCCUCAUGGGCCGGAGGUACCAACGCCACUGCCGACCAUGUUACUAAGGCAUCCCUCGCCGGAGGUUGUGCCAGUGACGCCGCAGGAGGUUUGGCCGCCCAGUGCAGUCUCCUUCCCGCACUAUCUAUAA